AUGGUAGAGACACAAACCCCCAAACCCGCUUCGUCCAUAAAUGACCAAGAAAAGAAGCGAAAGCGAGAAGAUGGCGACAAAACAGCUCAGAAUGGCAAGAAGCAGAAAGGCUGGAACAAAGAUAAAAGGUUCAACAAGAAUAACAAAGACAAGAAUGGAGGCAGCAAAGGCAGCAAAUCAACAAAUAAAACACCCCAACAACCGGACAGAGAAGAAGCAGUCGAGGAAUCAAUCAGCAAAAUGAACGAGCAAAUCCUAGCAGAUCAUUUCAUGCAAAAGGCCAAGGCGCAUAACAAGGAUCUGACGGCCGUGGAAUUGAGUGAUAUGAGUGUGCCGGUGCAGGCGUUUCAAGAUACGACGUCAUUUGAGCAAGUGCGGAAAUUGGCUCAAUUGCCAGACUUCUUAAAAGCGUACAGUCCGGAGAAGGGUGCGAGGCUGGGAAGUGCGUCGGAGGACAAAGGGAGUCCGCAUACUCUUGUGAUAGCUUCGGCGGGACUGCGAGCGGCUGAUUUAGUUCGUGCACUACGAUCAUUCCAAAACAAAGACGCCGCCGUCGCAAAACUGUUCGCCAAGCACAUCAAAAUAGAAGAAGCGAAACAAUUUCUAGAAAGAUCUCGAGUCAGCAUCGGGGUCGGUACUCCUCAGCGCAUAAUUGAUUUGCUAGAGUCGGGUACACUCAAAACCGAGAAACUCGAACGCAUCGUCAUUGACGGCUCACAUAUCGAUCAAAAGAAACGCGGCAUAUUCGACAUGAAGGAGGUCUACGCUCCUUUGCUUAAGCUUUUGACGAGGGAAGAGUUCAAAGAACGCUAUGGAUCCAAGGAUAAAGAUCUGAAAAUACUUGUAUACUAG